AUGUCCAUAGCCAAGUUCCAGGCGGAGUGGCAGGAAAUCGACGAGGAAUUUCAACAAUUGCAGGAAAUCCACAAACGAUAUCGGCAAAAAUUAGAGGAGCUGACCAAUCUUCAGACCACUUGCAGCGGCGCCAUCGUCAAACAAAGAAAGUGUCUGAAAGAGCUUCAAUGCAGCUUAAGCAAGUGUGCGCGAGAAUGCGACGAAAAGCAGAUGCCGGCGGUAGCCGACAUACAAAGUCAAAUCAAGGAGAAGGAGAACGUCUUCUUUGAUAUGGAGGCGUAUUUACCAAAGAAAAACGGACUGUACUUGAACUUAGUCCUGGGCAACGUGAAUGUGACGCUCCUCAGCAACCAGGCCAAGUUCGCUUACAAGGACGAGUAUGAAAAGUUCAAGCUUUACAUGACCAUCAUCCUCAUGUUCGGGGCCAUCACUUGCCUAUUUUUCCUUAACUAUCGCGUGACAGAUGAAAUUUUCAACUUUUUGCUGGUGUGGUACUAUUGCACAUUGACGAUACGGGAAAGCAUCCUCAUGACGAACGGGUCCAGGAUUAAAGGCUGGUGGGUGUCUCACCAUUACGUGUCCACCUUUCUGUCUGGUGUCAUGCUUACUUGGCCAGAGGGGCCCAUUUAUCAGAGGUUCAGAAGCCAGUUCCUGGCUUUCUCCAUCUACCAGAGUUUUGUGCAGUUCCUCCAAUACUACUAUCAAAGCGGCUGCUUGUACAGGCUGCGAGCUUUGGGGGAGAGGAACCAGCUGGACCUAACAGUGGAGGGAUUUCAGUCGUGGAUGUGGCGAGGCCUCACCUUUCUUUUGCCUUUCCUCUUUUUCGGCCACUUUUGGCAACUGUAUAAUUCGGUGACCCUGUUCCGCUUGGCGGGACGAGAGGACUGCAAGGAGUGGCAAGUGUUUAUGCUGGCUCUUACAUUCCUGGUCCUAUUUCUGGGUAACUUCCUGACCACGUUAAAAGUGGUUCACCAGAAGGUGCACAACAAGCAGGACAGUGUGAAAAAAAACAAUUGA